AUGAAUGUUCCUCUUUCCCUUUUUCCCUUUGCUCUGCUGCAGUUGAUUAGCGCCGCUGUGGUCGCCGUCUCCACCGCCUUAGUCGCUGGAUCCCUUGGACACGUUUCCUUGGAAGACCAACUUCUGGAAGCAGGUACAGUCAGUGGUUCCGGACGCAGGACUUGCAGACUGUACUGUCGGGUUGGCAUUGGUUUUCAUCUUCAGAUACACACCGACGGACGAGUUAACGGCAGUCAUGAACCCAAUCGGUUAAGUGUCCUGGAGCUCUUUGCUGUAUCUCAGGGUGUCAUCGGUAUCCGAGGAGUCUACAGUAACAAAUUCCUGUCCAUGAACAAGAGAGGAAGGCUUCACGCCGUGGAGCGGUUCACGGACGACUGUAGAUUCCGGGAGCGUUUCCAAGAGAACAGUUACAACACGUACGCCUCGGUGUUGCACCGGAACCACCGGACGGGACGGGACUGGUACGUAGCCCUCAACAAAAGAGGCAAAGCCAAGAUGGGCUCCAGCCCCAGGGUCAAAUCACAGCACGUCGCCACGCACUUCCUCCCCAGGCUCAACCUGCACGACCUGCAGAGCGAACGAGGCUUCACCAUCACAGACAGGAGUAAAGAGAGGAGGAAAAGCCUCCCGGUGGCACCUCAACCGCCCUCGCAGCCGAACAUGAACCUUAAUACAGGAACAGGGAAGAGGGUGCAGACUGUCAAGUACUGGCCAAAGUUUCGGUUUGGAUAG